GCUGGACGGGAUGGAGCUGCUGAAGAGGAGGUGGAGGAGCGGCGUGGCGCCGCCGCCGCCGCCGCCGCCGCCGCCGCUGCUGCUGAUGAUGAUGAUGCUGCUGCCGCCGCUCGCAGGCUCUCAGGGUCACAGCGGAGACUCGGAUGUCGGGUCCAGGAUCAGCUGUACGUCCCACAUCAGCACCCAAGAGUCCAGUCUGACCUGCCAGCUGCUGCCAGGCCCCCAUCAAGUCCAGGACUGGGACCGGGACCAGGACCGGGACCAGGACCGGGAUGACGAGCAGGACCAAGAUGAGGACCAGGACCAGAUGGAGGAGCAGGUCCAGGACCAGGAGCCAGACAGCAUUGAGCACAUGCACCUGUGCUUCAUGGACUGGGCCGACAGGAAGAGAACCAGAUGCUGGACGGCGGCCGGAGACACCAUCCGGUCCAGAGACCUGCUUCCUCUGGCCGACCUGAACCUGACGGUGGACCUGAGGAAGGGGGGCUCGCUGUGGACCACCGUGGACCUGAGGAAGAUCGUGAAGCCCCGGACCCCAGAGGUGUGGAACGUGACCUUGGACCACGAGGCGGGCCAGGUGUUGGUCCACGUGCGGACUCCGUACCAGAGCGACUAUCUGAGCGCAGAUAACCAGAUGUUCCAGGUGUUCCUCAGCAGCGGCGCACAGAACACGACUCUCAACCUGUCGUCCCAUCACGUCCUGUCCGUCCACCUGCAGCAGCUGCAGGCCGGCAGCGAGUACGGGGUGAGAGUUCGAUCCCUGCCUCAGGUCUACCUGCAGGGCAGCUGGAGCGCCUGGAGCAGCCCGGUCCACUUCACCACCCCGGCCGCAGACGGGGUGUCGGAGGCCUCGGAGCGCCGCUGGGAGCCGCCGGUGCUCACGGUGUGUCUGCUGCUCGUGGUGGUGAUAACGUCCAGCAUGGUGAUCCUGCAGAGGGACAGGAUCUGCAGUCACAUGUGGCCGAGAGUCCCGCAUCCCAAACACACCCUGCUGCAUGUGUACACACCCAACAACCGGCGCCCGGACCUCCUGCUGCCCCUCCAGCCAGAUGUUUUCAGCGCUCUCAGGAUUUUCUCCGGAGAACCGCAGAAGGAGUCGCCUCAGCACCUGUUCUCCUCCUGGAGCUCGUCCUCCGGGCACAGCGCCCAGCUGAUGGAGUCACAGCUGAUACCUGGCAACAGCCGGCAGGGGGAGGGGAAGGGUCAGGAGGGGAAGGGUCAGCAGGAGGUGAAAGGUCAGCAGGAGGAGGUGAAGGGUCAGGAGGAGGAGGUGAAGGGUCAGGAGGUGAAGGGUCAGCAGGAGGUGAAAGGUCAGCAGGAGGUGAAAGGUCAGGAGGAGGAGGUGAAGGGUCAGGAGGUGAAGGGUCAGCAGGAGGUGAAAGGUCAGGAGCAGGUGAAGGGUCAGGAGGAGUUGAAGGGUCAGGAGGAGGUGAAGGGUCAGGAGGUGAAGGGUCAGGAGGAGGUGAAGGGUCAGGAGGAGGUGAAGGGUCAGGAGGAGGUGAAGGGUCAGGAGCAGGUGAAGGGUCAGGAGGAGGUGAAGGGUCAGGAGGAGGUGAAGGGUGAGCAGCAGGAGGAGGAGCAGGAGGAGGCUUAUGUCACCAUGUCCAGCUUCUAUGGUCAGAAAUAGGAGGAGAGAGGAUGAAGGUUUCUGUCAGGGUUCAAAGACCAGGAGGAGCAGGAGGAAGACCUCCAUCCGGCUGUAGCGUCAGUCUCUCCUCCUCCUCCUCCUCCUCCUCCUCCAUCCGGCUGUAGCGUCAGUCUCUCCUCCUCCAUCUGGCUGUAGCGUCAGUCUCUCCUCCUCCAUCCGGCUGUAGCAUCAGUCUCUCCUCCUCCAUCCGGCUGUAGCGUCAGUCUCUCCUCCUCCAUCCGGCUGUAGCGUCAGUCUCUCCUCCUCCAUCCGGCUGUAGCGUCAGUCUCUGCUUCUCCAUCCGGCUGUAGCGUCAGUCUCUCCUCCUCCAUCCGGCUGUAGCGUCAGUCUCUCCUCCUCCAUCCGGCUGUAGCGUCAGUCUCUCCUCCUCCAUCCGGCUGUAGCAUCAGUCUCUCCUCCUCCAUCCGGCUGUAGCGUCAGUCUCUGCUUCUCCAUCCGGCUGUAGCGUCAGUCUCUCCUCCUCCUCUUCCUCCAUCCGGCUGUAGCGUCAGUCUCUCCUCCUCCAUCCGGCUGUAGCGUCAGUCUCUCCUCCUCCAUCCGGCUGUAGCGUCAGUCUCUGCUCCAUCCGGCUGUAGCGUCAGUCUCUCCUCCUCCAUCCGGCUGUAGCGUCAGUCUCUCCUCCUCCAUCCGGCUGUAGCGUCAGUCUCUCCUCCUCCAUCCGGCUGUAGCGUCAGUCUCUGCUCCAUCCGGCUGUAGCGUCAGUCUCUCCUCCUCCAUCCGGCUGUAGCGUCAGUCUCUCCUCCUCCUCCAUCCGGCUGUAGCGUCAGUCUCUUCUGACCCUACAGUCGGUGCAUCCUGUUAUUUUUUAUGCCUGUGAAUAGAGAGACGCUGUUGUGUCGCCUCAGAAUUUCUGUUUUUGUUGUGAAAAUGAAUCAAUGAAAAGAAGACAGCAGAACGUCGUGACGUGUGACGGUGACGAUGAUGAUGAUGACAUGACGAUGAUGACGGUGACGAUGAUGACGUGACGAUGAUGAUGAUGACAUGACGAUGAUGACG